AUGCUCAACAUAAGAAUGAUGUCCUUGGCAGACAUUCGUGAAGGUUUCAUAUGCCCUCAAUGUCAUCAAGAUAUGUCUUCAAUGGAUAUGUUGCAAGUCCAUUUUCAAGAAGUGCACAUUAAACAGCAAUCAACAACGGUUAAAGGAUUAUUAACAUUAGCCAAACAAAAAUUAACUUCUGUGACAAAUUCAGCACUCCCAGAUAAUUUUCUUAGUGGUGGAAGUUCGUCAGCAACAAGCGUUGGACCUUAUGCUCAGUAUCAUUCUGAGAGUGGCAUACAACAACUAGGUUAUCAUCGGUCUCAUACGGAUAAAUUUCGAAAAAUCCGUAAAGAAAAAUUAGAUAAAAUUAAUAUUGAUAUGACAAAAUUAUUAUUAAGAUUAGAACAGUUGACAAAUGAUAAUGUACCUAUUGAUAAAAAAGAACGUAAAAAAUAUGAACAAGAUAUUGUCGAAUGGUUAGAUGAUGCCAGUGUCAAAUUGUGUCCAUCGUGUGCAAAGCAAUUUGUCAUAUCAAAACGGAAACAUCAUUGUCGACUGUGCGGUUUUGUUAUGUGUAAUAAUUGUUCAGAAUUUUUACCAUUUUCAAUCGCAAGAUAUUUAAUUGUGCCAAUAUCAAAAAAUAAUAUUUCAACAAUAUUAUCCAUAACGUCAGAUAAAAAUGAAAACUCUAGUCUUUCAAAUAUUUAUACAAAUUUAACGUCAACUUUGACAAAAGAUGAGAAUGUGGGAUCAUCUUCAACUGGUGAUGAUAAUUAUUUAAGAAUAUGUCAAUCCUGUCGACAGACACUUCAAAAUCGUUAUCAACAGAUUAAAUUUACACAAAUUGAAAAAGAAGAAAUUACUCAAUUGUAUGAAAAGAUCACAGAAGUGUUGAAAGAAGUGCGUCAAAUUCAUUCAACCUAUAAUUCAAUGAUUGAAUCUCUACUUAACGGUGAAACAACACAUCAAGUUAUAGAUGCACAACGACUUUUUCAACGCUUAAGUUCCUGCUUUGAAGUUAUCGAUUCGACAUCAAAGCUUAUUUUAAGUUUAGCUAAUUCGAGUUCAAAUGCCGAUGAUCAACAAUCUAACUCUCGUCAUUUAACAAUUUGUCGAAAUAUUCGUUCAUUUGCUGUACAAUUGCUUCAAACUUAUGCCAUAUCAACAUUACGUGUACCAUCGGAAGAAGAUGUUCAAAAAGCUCGUCAAGAUCGUCUAAAAAUGAUUGAAGAAAAAAAUGAACUUGAACGUCAAGCUAAAUCAAAUUUAUAUCAACGAACACAUGUGCCUAUUUCAUCUUCUCCCCAUAGUGUUCUUAGACAAAAGAGUGAGCUAUCUGAAGAAGAACAAAAAGUAGCCGGUUGGAAACCGAUGCUCGAUCGUUCUGUAAUGGAAACAACAAAUGAUUUAGAGCCUCUUGUACAACAAAUUUAUCAAGUAACACAAUUUUUAAGACAAGCAAAAAUAGCUGGAAAAGAGGAUGAAGUUCGCUUGUUAGAAAAUAAUCUAAAAGAGUUGGAACAAGCAAUGAAAUUGACUAAACAAACGUCGUAA